AACGAGUCCGUGUUCGGCGCGGCGAGCUGCUCGCUUCCCAACGGAUAUUAUAGCCGAGCGCCCGCGCGCACCAGCAGCACCAGCAGCACCAGCAGCAGCAGCAGCAGCAGCAGCAGCACACGUCGUCCGCAUCAUCUGUCCAUCUCAUCUGUCCGCAUCAUCGCGCAGCCAUGCAGCCCGUGCCCGCGAACUCGCUCGUCGCCCUCUGGCUCGCCCUCUUGGGCUACAUCCAGGGCAGCUGUGGCGCCGCCGUCCCGCACAAGUCCAACGCCAUCAAGAGCGUCCCCGCGGGGGGCGCGCAGCCCGUCAGCGCCGCUCCCGACAUCCUGCUGCUUUUUGACAGCGGCAGCGUGAACGUGGCGGUGGACGGAGUCCAGCUCCAGCCCGUGAGCUGCACGAGCGACCACGAGUGCGCCGAGGACGAGUUCUGCUACGGCUCGCGCGGCGCCUGUGUGCCCUGCAGGAAGCGCAAGAAGCGCUGCGUCCGGGACGCCGUCUGUUGCCCUGGAAACUACUGCAGCAACGGGGUGUGUACGCCCAUCGACUUCGACACCACGCACGGAGCUGGAACGGACGCGGUUUUGCUGGACUCCUUCGGGCACGAGAACAGCACUUCGGUACCGCAGUCCAAACAGCCCGCUCCCGGACGCCCGCAGUCGCUCAAAGGUCAGGAAGGAGACCUCUGCCUGAGGUCAACAGACUGCUCAGAAGGUCUGUGCUGCGCACGCCAUUUUUGGUCCAAGAUCUGCAAGCCCGUCUUGUCGGAGGGACAGGUGUGCACCAAGCACAAGCGAAAAGGCACCCAUAACCUGGAGCUCUUCCAGCGCUGUGACUGCGCCGACGGCCUCAGCUGCCGAACGCAGAAGGGCGACCCCAGCAGCAACUCUUCUCGAAGUCUUCACACCUGCCAAAGGCACUGAGCUGUGGCCGAAAGCCAACGUCCCAAGGAUGGUUUUCUAAUGCCCCCUGGACUCAAGGGACUUAUUUUGGUCUGUUUCUGAAGAACCAUUUUUGAAGUGCUGAAGAUGGAGUUUGCAUCGAAUACUCUGUUUGUUUUUUUGUUUUUCCCCCCAACUUUAUCCUUCAAAAUAGCAGAGUAGCUUUUGUUUCUCUUAUGGAACUUGAGUGUCAACACUGAUUGCAGUAAAUUACUGUAUUGUAAAUACCGUACUGGAAAGUGGCACUUAUCUCCACCGAGUUUUGCCGUCAACUAUUCCGAGGAGGUGCUGCAUG